GGGGCGGGGAGAGGGGGCGAUGAGCGGAGCGCGUGAGGUGACGGUUAUUGACGGCGGUUUAGCCACCGAGCUCGAGGGGGCGGGGCUGCAACUGCAGGAUGAUCCAUUAUGGAGUGCUCGAAUAUUGCACACUAAUCCACAGGCUAUAAAAAAUGUGCAUGCAAGGUAUCUUUGUAGUGGUGCUGAUGUCAUUACAACAGCCACAUAUCAGGCGAGUUUGGUGGGCUUUGUUAAGUACCUGGACCUGAGCUCAGAGGAAGCAGUUCUGCUUCUUCAAUCAGGGGUACAGCUAGCUAAAGAGGCGGUUGGUGAUUUCCUAUCAACCUCCAAGAGUUCAGAGAGAACACCCCUUAUUGCAGGUUCCAUUGGGCCAUAUGGAGCAUUUAUGCACGAUGGCUCUGAGUAUACAGGGAACUAUGUUGAAAGGAUGAGUAAAGAGGAACUAAAAGCUUGGCAUCAACCACAGAUGGAGGCUUUAGUAACUGCAGGAGUAGACCUGAUUGCUAUGGAAACUAUUCCCAGUCAGAAAGAAGGAGAAGCUCUUGUGGAACUACUCAGGGAAUUUCCCAGUACUAAAGCCUGGCUGUCAUUUUCUUGUAAGGAUCAGCAAUGUGUUUCCCAUGGAGAAAAAUUUGAGGACGCAGUGAAGGUUGCAACUAAAUCAGAACAAUUGGUGGCCAUAGGAUUAAACUGUUGUGCCCCUGAUAUAGUCAGUUCCCUCCUUACUGCUGCCAACAAGAAUACAGAGCUAAACACAGGAUGGAUUGUAUAUCCCAACAGUGGAGAAGGGUGGGAUCCCAAUUCAGGUUGGAAAGGCAAGACAAUGAAUAAAAAGCUUUCAUCUUUUGCAUUGGAAUGGAAGGAACUUGGCACUAAGUGGUUUGGUGGCUGUUGCAGAACUACCCCAGCAGAUAUAUCAGAGUUAAAGGAUAUGCUGAAACCAAAAUCAUUGUAUGAAUAAACCUCAAAUAUGAAAAUGAA